CCUCCACGUGUGUGACAAAUUAUUCUUUCAUAAUGAAUAAUUUAACUGAACGGAAACACUCUCACACAGAAGAGAAGCCAUAUCGUUGUAUUAUCUGUGGUAAAUCAUUCUCUAAAAGUGGUGACUUGACUAAACACAAACGUGUUCAUACAGGAGAGAAGCCAUAUCAUUACAAAAUCUGUGAUAAAUCAUUCUCUCAAAAAAGUAACUUGACUAGACACAGAUGUAUUCAUACGGGUGAGAAGCCAUAUCAUUGUGAUGUCUGUGAAAAAUCAUUCCCUCGAAGAAGUAACUUGAUUAGACACAGAUAUAUUCAUACAGGUGAGAAGCCAUAUCAUUGUGAUGUCUGUGGAAAAUCAUUUUCUCGGAGAAGUCACUUGUCUGUUCACAAACAUACACAUACAGGAGAAAAACCGUGUCAUUGCGAUACCUGUGGUAAAUCAUUCUCUUGUAAUAGUCAGUUGACUACUCAUAGACGUAUUCAUACUGGUGAAAAACCAUAUCCCUGCGAUUUAUGUGAUAAAUCAUUUUCUCAAAUUGGUGCUUUAACUAGACACAAACGUGUUCAUACAGGUGAGAAGCCAUAUCAUUGUGAUAUCUGUGGUAAAUCAUUCACUGCAAACGGUGACUUGGCUAGACACAAGCACGUUCAUACUGGAGAAAAACCAUAUCAGUGUGAUAUCUGUGGUAAAUCAUUCGCUGCAAACAGUGACUUGACUAGACACAAGCACGUUCAUACUGGGGAAAAACCAUAUCAUUGUGAUAUCUGUGGUAAAUCUUUCUCUCAAAGUGAUGACUUGACUAAGCACAAACCUACACAUAAAAGAGAUAAAGCAUAUCUUUGUAAUAUCUGUGGUAAAUCAUUCACUGGUAAGAGUGAAUUAUGUAGACAUAAACGUAUUCAUACUGGGGAAAAACCAUAUCAUUGUGAUAUCUGUGGUAAAUCAUUUUCUCAGUCUGGUAACUUGAAAUCACACAGACGCGUACAUAGAGGAGAGAAACCAUAUCACCGUGAUAUUUGUGGUGGGUCAUUCUCUGAAAGGAGUGCCUUGACUACACACACGUUCACACAUACAGGAGAGAAGCCAUUUCAUUGUAAUAUCUGUGAUAAAUCGUUCACUGGAAAUAGUCAAUUGACUUGUCACAAAUGUAUUCAUUCAGGUGAGAAGCAAUAUCAUUGUGAUAUCUGUGGAAAGUCUUUUUCUCAAAAGCGAAGCCUUACUUCUCACAGAUACAUUCAUACUGGAGAGAAACCAUAUUCUUGUGAUACCUGUGGUAAAUCAUUUUCUUCUAGAGGCACUUUAGCGUCUCAUAAGUACAUUCAUACAGAAGAGAAACCAUAUCAUUGUGAUGUCUGUGGUAAAUCAUUCUCUCAGAAAAGUAGCCUUACUUAUCACAAAUACAUUCAUACAGGAAAUAAACCUUAUCACUGUGACAUAUGUGGAAAGUUAUUCUCUCAGAAGACUAACCUUACUUCGCACAAAUACAUUCACACAGGAGAGAAACCAUAUCACUGUGAUAUUUGUGGUAAAUCAUUCUCUCAGAAGAUUAACCUUACUUCACACCAAUACAUUCACACAGCAGAAAAGCCAUAUCGCUGUGAUAUUUGUGGGAAGUCAUUCUGUCAGAAGACUGGCCUUACUUCUCACAAAUUCAUUCAUACGGGAGAAAAACCACAUCGCUGUGAUAUUUGUGGUAAAUCAUUCUCUAAAAUACAUAUCUUAACUCGACAUAAAUACAUUCAUACUGGGGAGAAACCAUAUCCCUGUGACAUAUGUGGUAAAUCCUUUGCUAUAAAGGAAACAUUGACUAGACACAAAUACAUUCAUACAGGAGAGAAACCAUAUCAGUGUGAUAUCUGUGGAAAGUCAUUUUCUUCUACAGGCACUUUAACCUAUCAUAAAUACAUUCACACAGAAGAUAAACCAUAUCGUUGUGAUAUCUGUGGAAAGUCUUUCUGUCAGAAGAAUAGCCUUAAUUCUCACAAGUCCACUCAUACUGGAGAGAAACCAUAUCCCUGUGAUAUUUGUGAUAAAUCAUUUUCAUUAGGAAGUCAUUUAAAUACCCACAAACUUAGUCAUGAGAGGCCAUAUGUCUGUGAUAUCUGCGGUACAUCAUUCUCUCGAAAAAGUAUUCUCACAUCUCACAAAUACGUUCAUACAGGAGAAAAACCAUAUCGCUGCGAUAUCUGUGGCAAAUCAUUUUCUCAUCGAGGCACUUUAAUCUCUCAUAAAUAUAUCCACACAGGAGGGAAACCAUAUCACUGUGAUAUCUGUGGUAAAUCAUUCUCUUAUAAGACUAGGCUUACUUCUCACAAACAUAUUCACACAGGAGAGAAAGCAUAUGCUUGUGAUAUUUGUGGUAAAUCAUUCAUUACUAAAAGUAAUUUAACCUCUCACAAAUAUGUUCACACAUGUGAAAAACCAUUUUGCUGUGAUAUCUGUGGUAAAUCUUUCUCACAAAACUCUCGCCUUACUUCUCAUAAAAACAUUCAUACAGGAGAUAAAUCAUAUCACUGUAAUAUCUGUGGUAAAUCUUUUUCUCGUGCAGAUAACUUAACUAGACACAAAUCCAUUCAUACAGGGGAGAAACCAUAUCACUGUAAUACCUGUGGUAAGUCAUUCUCUGUAAAACGUGACUUGACUGUGCAUAAACGCACUCAUACAAAAGAGAAACCAUUUCCGUGUGAUAUAUGUCUUAAAUCAUUCUCUACAAGAAGAUAUUUGGCCAAACACAAACAGACUCAUACAGAAGAAAAUCCAUAUCACUGUGACAUCUGAUGAACCAUUUUCUUGUAGAAAUCACUUAACUGAAUCCCAUCAUAUUCAUAAAGGAUAAGAUUCAUAUGACUGUGUUAUCUGUGCUAAAUCAUUCUCUCAAUGAUGUACCUUAUAUUCAUUGAUAUUGAUCAAUAAAAAUACCAGUGAUAAAAUAGAUGUUCUGGUGAAUAAAGUACAGCAAUUGUAUCUUUUUUUUUUUUUAACAAAUUAAAUUUUUACGUUUU